CGUGGUUGACAGCGGAAGAGUCAUUGAGAUGUCACUUGGAGCUGGCAGGAUGAGUUUGAGCAGUAACUGCUCUCUGAUCAUCAACAACAUCACUGCUGAGGAUGCUGGUCGUUACACUGGUCGGCUUGGACACGUUAAUUACCAAGAUAUACUUGUGUAUUUACACAUGUUGACAAUCGUUCCAUUUCCACCAGAUGCUGACCCAAGAAGCGGUGGAAACAUAUCAUUACAGUGUUCUCUGAUUAAAUACAAUACUGACAUUCCCUGUAAAGAGAACAGCAUCAUCUGGGUGGAUGAGACAGGAACUGUGCUGCUUGGUGAAGGUGAUGGGUUUGUGUCUGGAGGACAGAACAACUGUGUUUCUGAUCUGAUGGUGAAACAUCAGAGAGGCUCCAAGAGAAGAUUCACCUGCCAGGUUGUUGAAGGAGACAGAGUGAAGAUAGAUGCUGAAUACACGCUGGACUUUACAGAUGUGAGUGAGCAGCAUCAACAGGAGGGGGCUGGAUACGAAACCUUGAGGAACGCCACGGACAAGAGCGGAAGAGAUGUAUUUAUGAUAAACCUCAAUGACGAUCCAGAUAAAAAUGUGACCUACACCACUGUUGACCAUUCAAAUGCCCAGAAUGUCCUUGAGAUGAAGGUGAAAGAAGAAGAGGACGUGGUGAUUUAUUCCAACGUGAGGACGGAGAUGAAGGCCGAGGCCGACGACACUCCCAACGGCCCCUACAGCUGUGUCUCCUAAUAACUCCACAAGGAAGAAAGACAAUAUAGUUAUAUCAGGUGUGAUUGUUCACCAAGAGCAGUUAUUGAUCAUUCGUGAUGCACUUCCUGUUCUCAACGUUUAAAUCACAUGUUGAUGAUAGAAGUUGAUCUUGGCACCGGAAAAGAAAAAGACAAUAUUGUAGCUCGAUAUGAGCAGAGAGGAAUAUAAGUCUGGUGGUCAAAGUCAGUUUAGGUUUUAAGAAAUUAUGUUCAUAUUUAAGGGUUAUCAAUCCAUUUUUUCCCCACAUUUUAUCUGCUACUUAACUAUUAGAUACGGCUUGUUAUUUAUAUGACUUAAAAUACAUUACUUUAUUGAAUGCUUCCUUCAUUCAUUGCGUUUAAAUUCCCUAUUCAAUAAAAGGAAA